GGACAACGCAAUGUGCCCCUUUCAAUAGUUACAGCCGCGAGGCUACUUAAAUAAUUCUUCUCCAUUGGCUUCUGCGCCGCUGUAUAUCACCGCAACAAGCGAAUCGCAAUCGGCUAUACGCUCAAUUAUUAUCCUUCGGCCGAGAUUUUUUUUUCUUUUACGUCACAGCAAUUCACUACGACUGUAAUGGUAAAAAUGCUAAGAGGAAGUUGUGGCAAGUGAACCUUCCAGUUUCCUAUCGACUUUAUGUCUUCAGAUUGCGUCUCAAGUUUUAUCUAUUUCUCAAAAAGGUACCGCUGCAGAAAUCCUUGCAAUAUAUCUUGUUCUUUGCGAGCUUUAUAUAACCUCCUCGUUACAUUACAGUUGAAUUUAUCUUUCCUGUUUGCAAUGUUAAGGCAAUGACUACUUUAUUACUCUCUUGAUCGUUAGCGAUGUCGAUACAUUACUAAACACACAAUUUGACGUACAUAUACGGACGUAGAUAAACACGGACAUUUAGCAUUAAAAAAUACUCUCUGCUGCGUAUUUCUCGAAAAUUAUUCGAUCGACAACGCCGAUAACAUCAGUUUAAACUAUUGUUCAUUGAUGCAAAUAAGAUAUAAAAGAAUUUGCAUUUUACAAUUUUUUUUCUUUGUCUCAUUAUGGAUCCUACAACAUGACGCUGCUUUUCAAAUUUUUUAAUAAUGAUUUUUUUGUGUUGCCAUUACCAACUUUACUUAUACUAUUUAUUCCACGUUUCGUGAUUUUUAAAAAUGAAUUACAUUUCAACAAAAAUUACAUACGAUAGAGAUUCAUUUAGUUUUUUAAGAGAUAUAUAGAGGAUGUUAUUCAUCUGGUAUCUUGCAGAUGUUCAUGCGUAAAUAUUACACAAUUUUGUUUAUCGUUUGAUGCACCAGCAAUCAGGCGUACAGAAACGUUGCCGGUUUACGCUCGUGAACCAACGUUAAAUUUCACGUAACUUUCUAUUUUACUCGGUAAGUGUUGGGCGCCGUAAAAGCGUCUAUUAUUUUGAAACGUUAUGCGUAAGCAUUGAAUAAACAAUUCUGUCGUAUAAAAAAAAAUGUUACGUCGUUGACUACUUUUAUGACUACCGUAUAGAAUUUGCAAAUUAAUUUAUUAGACAAAAUAGUCUCGAAUUGAAAGUAAGAACGCCAUGUCAACGUCGCGUCGGUAGGAAUGUUGAUAAAAUCCUAAUCACGCGAGUUGGAAAACCACUCUCGCAUGCUCGAAAGCAACGGCGAAAGCGGAACUCGUUCCUUCCGUUUUACUAAUUUGGUGACUUAGCUUUUCUCAAUGUCUCGCUAUUACCAUGGCCUUUUUCAUUCAAGUGCACCAGUUGAAGGUUUAAAAUACGAAUGCAGUGUAUAAAUUUUUUGUUUACAGAUACUUUUUGUCGAAACGGGUACGAAUUCUGGACAUAGUACAGACGUUUCUAAAAUGACGACCGAUUAUUUAUAAAAAGCAAGCAUUGCUGGAAUUAAUAAAUUGACAGAAUAAAACUUACGUUUGAGUUGUACGUUGCGAUCGAAAUCUUCACAAGUAGAUUACGUUUUAAUAAAACGCUUUUAUAAAGUAAUUUGUUAUGCAGGCAGAAAACGCGAAUAAUCGCUAUCGUUGAGAUCGAUCAGUCUUGAAAAACUAGUGUCUUUGACGCAAUCAUCGACGGGCGAAACGGUAGUGAGCGAAACAAUCGAGACGUUCUCCGUCUCGACUCUUGUUGUAAUCUCAUGAAUAUGUAUGGUUACUUUCCUUCGUGGCCGGCAACUAUGAAUCUGGGUAUAUGGAGCAAUCUUUCUUUUGAGAUAAAUCGAUAAACGACUUCCUAUUACGCGUGAAUUACCGGAGAUCCGUCAUCGGGCCACCGUUCGGGCGCGACGAAACUCCGUCUAUAUCGCUGCGGAAACACUGCGAUAACAAAUUUCACACUCACCACAUUGGUAUCGCGUCGCUCCAAUAAUGGAACAAAACAUAUGCACUAAAUAACUCGCAUGUGUGACUCACCUUCACUGCGCUGACCCACUGAGGGUUUAGUCAUCUAGAAUGCAGUUAUGAAAAAAAUCAUGUGGCCUAAGCCGACGGCUGGAUAUAUCGAGCAGUCUCGGGCCUCGCAUAAACCGAGACUUACUCUCGGUCAUUUCGAGUGAGAACGCAACGUAUUUAGCUCGUACACGUCAGCACGCAAUGAAACAAUUUAUUAGCGCACGGCGUUAAUGCAUCAAAAUGGAGAAGUACUUUUAAAUAAAAAAGAAAAGAACAUCCACCGGGCGUCUCAUUAAAUUAACGAAGCAAUUAAUCUCGCGGAGCUAUUCCUGUAUGCGCGAAAAUAAAAAUCGAACGAGCCGUUGCAUAAUUAUAACCUGGCGCUAAUCGCUCCGUGGUAUUCUCAUAGGCUGCAAAGGCCACUGGGGCAAAGAAGACAGGAGCGUACAGGAAUGUCAAAGUUUACCCCAGGGUCCCGCGCAUUGAGCACUCUGGCAAACUAUAAAGCGAACGCGACGGAAAUGUGAUGCGACUCGCGUGGCCGUGGGGAUUAAUUUAAAUCGAUUCGCCGAGAGAGCGGCAUUGUGCGAAACGACGCAGCCAGUUCGAUCCCUGGUAACAACGAGGAAGACGAAUUGGGGCGUGUACGCGUCGUUUGAGAGAUAAAAAUCGCGGCGGUUCAAUCGGGCUAUCGCGCACUCGUUAUGUCAGUUAAACGUCGAUGCAACGCGCGUUCGAUUGCACGUGCUCGUGUAACGCACGAUAAACGUCAUUUAACUUUCCGGUCUCCGUUAAUUAUUACCGAUGGUCGAUUUAAUUAUUAUCCGCUCCCACGAAGCUUCAUUAAACGUUAAAUUAAUUUCUAUCACGAUCAUCUAUUAUAUCUACUGUGCCGCGUUUCACGGUCCGUUACGAAUGCAUUAUUCACAGAUAGGUAUCUAUAAAUGAAACUCGUUGUCAGAAAGGUUGAAUAAUUCUCAUCGCGGGUAAAAUUAUUUACAAAUAUAUCAUUCGUAGAGAAAAAUGGGAAAUAUCGCGCGCUUACCCUUUGUUAGCCCGAAGAGGCGAAUACUCGAAUGUUACUUUAAACGAUUGUUUGAUAAAUAGAAAGAAUAGCCGGGCUGACUUCGUUGUUCUCGCCAAACCCAAUUCAUCCGUUUUCCUUUGCGAGACCAAGUAAUUUCAUCUCUUCGAUUGGACGACAGAAAACUUAAUUACUACCUCGCUCAUCGACGUACCCCUGCGGGCAAGAGUUCUGUCUCGAAUGCCGGCCGUCCUUGAUGGAAUUUCCAAAGCGGGUUACGCUCCUAUUGAACCGCAUCAUUCUCUUCUUUCGUCUCGUCGAACAUCGGCGCUGCUCCACGCAACGCGCACGGAUUUCCGCGUGUACUCCGCUUUUAACGUCUUCUUAAUGACCUCCGCGAGCACGUACGUCCGUCAUAAUCUUGCAAGUCUUUUUUUCGCGGCCGUGCAUAUGAGCGAGAAGUGAAAAUUUAACUUUACUUUCACUCGGACUUGCACUUCGGACCUUUGCCGAUUCUGGUGACAGACAGUGCGGAGUACGUGCGUACCGGGUACGCAUCUGAUACAUACGGGCGGAUGUGCUUAAUUGAGUGAAAACAUUAAGAGACGUGGAUUAAUUAUCGCUUCUGAGAGGCGCACCGGAGAAAACCGUUUUGCCGUUCUAACGGACUCUUACCCUUUUCUGGUGUAAUACAACUCCUCUCAUAAUUGUAAUAUAUUGCCCCGUCUUCUCGAAAAAGGCAUAGUUGCGGAAUCGCUGUACUCCGAAGCGUUGGUACUUCAUGAAUUAUGCACGUGGCUCGCGGUUCUUCUUUUUCAACAGUCGUGAAAAAGUGAAAAAGAAACCAAGAAUGGUGAUAUAUGCAAUUCGUGAUAUUUUUUUUAAGCUCACUUAUGUCCUUAUUUAGGCAACGGAUGGCUCGUGCCUCAAUAUUUUAUAUCGACUAAAAAUUACUCCGUGCAAACGUAACUUUCUCUGCUCUGUUUCGCGCAGACUCGAAGUUUCGCCAAAUUGCAUUCAAGAUGGUUGAGAUUCGCCAGUGAGUAAAAGUGCGAUCUUGCAAAAUUCAAAGUGCUUCGCAAUGCCGCUUGCUAAUUAUUACCGUCAGCUCGUUUUUACAUUCCUCGAGGAGUAACUGGGAAAAGUUACAUCCAUGAAACACUCGUGACUGCGCUCGUCAUUCAAAUUCCAAUUGUAGAGUAAGCAGUGCUCUUCAUUCAAAUUCCAAUUGUGGGAAAUGAACUAUGUCGGUGUGCCGCGGUUAAUAAUAAUGAGCAGCGUCUGACGUUUACGAGACGUGCGCGCCGUCACACAGUUGUCCUCUUGACCCCUUAUCCGUCUGCUCAUUCCAAAAGCAUAAUUCGAGUUAAUGAUCGUCUGAGAGCAGCUCGGGUAAUUAUGACAAUCGUCCGCGUUAUUAUGAUGUCCGUGAAAGGUGUCCGCCUCCGUAUCGAGACGCGACGAAGCGAAACGGAUGCGGGACGGUCGGUCGGUCGCCCACUCGCUGUCUGCUGCCUGGAAGAAGAUGUGCGCUCGCUGUCCUUCCUGAUCGGCAAGGAGGAGUGAAUUAUCGAAUCGAGAUGCACGUAGAGAGAGAGGGAGAGAAGGCUCGGAACACCGGUAGACCAAGGUGCUCGUCCGGUACCAGCCAGGUGGGGAUGAAGGCCGCUGGCUUCGCUCGUGCAAAUACCUCGACGGCGUACACCUAGACCCACAUAACGAGAUACGCUACAACGCGGCAACGACGACUUCGUGCACCGAGAUGUGCACGUGCGGUCGGAGACCGGUAGUUGCGACGGCGACGUGCGGCUUCCUCGCGCGAAACGAGACAGACUUCUCAGUAUUCCAACGUUCGCAAGAUGCGAAUGUUGUUCCAUGGUGCAAAAUUGAAUGGGAUAACAGAGGUAUCCCUCGCGCAUCUAUGGCGCAGUGAAGUAACAGUGGACAUUGUCGCGAGAAAGUACUUUCAUUUAUAGAGACACGCCUGUACAAGAUAUCACUGGUCAGAUAUCCAGGUAGCCGCCCAGAGAUGUGUUCACGCAUGCGGCUCUUCCUCCUGGCAUCGACGCUCGCGUUGCUGAUCGGCACCCGCGUUACCAGGUCGCAGCGCCCGCGACUCGGCGGCGCCGUGAACGUCUUCAGCCGUUAUGGUUACCUGAGCAUCAGUAUGCGAGUGGUGCCGCGCAAUGAUACGGAGACCUGGAUAUUCCGCGAGCCCACCCUUGACGUCUUCAAGAAUUCCACGCCGUUACCGCCCAAGCAACGCCAACCGGGCAAGGGCAGCACCGCCGUCUUCGACGGCGACUUCCACAUGGAGUUUUGCGACAAUAUCAGGCAGCUUCUACAGGCCUAUUUCCGCGACUUCACUUUCGAGAAGCUCGAGAGGCCGUGGCGUGCCUUCACCGGCAGCUGGUCGAAGACGGCGAUAGCCAGGCACCUCGGCAUAAACUCGUCCUUCAUCACGGGCGACCACUGUUACGUCCUAGUGCGUGUCGCUAGAUUCCGCGAUAAUCAACGACUCGCCGGCACCGCCGAGACCCUCGUGCUCGAUGAUUCCGUGUUGCGGCAAACCGAGAACGUCACGGUCGGCGAUACCGCGAGCGUAGUGCGAUUCGUUAGGAACUUCGGCUCGCACUACAUCGCUUCCUAUGUCACGGGAAAUUCGCUUUAUCAAGUGUUCGUGUACACUCCUCAGGUAUACUCGCGAAUAAAGGAACGGCUGAAGACGCAGGGGAUCGGGGAGCUGUCGGCCCUCGAGCUGAGUAAUUACUUUUCGCCGUGGUACGCGGAGCAUAUGGGCUCCAUACAAUCGGCGAGCGGCAAUCGUAGCGUGGAGGCAUGGGCCGUGCAACGUCUUCGGGUGCAAUACUACAUCUUCACUUACGCCAGUUUGCUCAAGUUGCACGGCGACACGGCGUUGCUCAAGCAACUGGACAGCCUGCUGGGCGACGAAGCGUUACUGCAACUACAAUUACGAACAUUGGCGCCCGCAUUCAAGGAUCCGAAAAGACGCCAGUGGUUUUUGGAGGUGAUCGACAACUAUUUCAAGCUCUGGGAGGUGAACAUGUGAUGGCGUAACGCGCCUUGGCUGCGGACGGACUGAAAGCAUUUAGGGUACCGUCGCUCGAUGUCGCCGAACGACAAGUACGUACGUCGGUGUGAGAAUGUAAGCGAGGCACUGAUCGGUUUCGGCAUGGUGUGGGGAUCCACGGUGUCCUUGGGAAUGGUAGCGACGAUCCAGCGCCUGUCGUGACUCUCGUCGACGCUAACUAUAAAGGUUCCUCGGACGGAUAUAUCCUUCUGCCACGUAUACACAAUAAUGCAUAAAUGCUGUUAUUGUUAUAAAUAAGUAUUUAUUAUUGUAAUCAUUAGAGAACUUCUUUAUACAAAAUAUUUUUAAUAUAUCACAAGCAUUAUUCGUACGAUCUGACUGAAGAACGUGGUAUCGCGAUAUACCGUAAGUUCUUUACUUGAAAUCGAUCCCGCUGACGUACAAAAGAGAUAUAGCGACAUGUAUUUUAUAUAUGGAGAUCGAUUUGUGCGUUUUGUUCGUUUAGUCCGAUAUGCAUUGCACAUUGCAGAUUGGACCAAUGGAUCGUUGUUUCGCUUCAAAUGCGAAUUUACAUGUAGGUAAUGUAAUUGUAAUAAAUCCUGUUGUUUCUCCGUGAAACCGGGGAAUAUUUUCUCUUAUACAUUUCUUUAUACAAAUUGUUAAAAGAUGAUUCGUGGAUGAAUUGAUAUUGUGAUUGUGGACCAAUAUUAUAAGAAAUUUUAUAUUACACAACGAAUCGAUCUAUUGGCAUUGCAAAACGGUUAUUAUGACUGAAUUACAAAUUACUUUUUCUCUCUUUGUUUCCUUUCCCUGCUUCUUGCAAAGUGAUUAUGAUAUAACAUCCACGACAAUCCUUACCCUGUUUCAAUAUUUUGAUUUGCAGCUGCUUGGAACAAACUAUGAUAUCCCUUUCAUGAUAUAAGAUACCGAUAUUGUGACAAGUAUAGGUGUAUAUCAUAUGCAAACUGGGUUUUCCAAUAUAUUAGUUAAUAUCGAUGAAAAUUAUACACAACUAUUCUCUUAGUAUAAUUUAAUUGACAAAUUAUUGAACACCAUAUAAUAAUAGGAUUUUCUAAGGUACAUACAUCGAGUUCUGUAUGUUUUCCAAGUACCUGCUGCUUUUAUUGUCGGUCUUUCGUGUACAUAUACUUUAGCGAAUCUGAACAAAACCAAGUCUCAAUGACUAAAAUUCAUCACAGCAGAUUAUUUUCAUGAUAAUAAUAAAAUCCAGAGUCCACGGGACUCAUUGAUCUGCGGCUCUUUUAUUUCUUAGCAAUCGCAUUUCUUUUAUAAUUUCUAACUUCUUUCCUUUUUAUCUUGAAGUUUCUUGUUUGGACCAAAACAUACAGAAAUGCUCGAGGAAUCAAUAAGAGCAAAAUAUUUUAAUAUCGAAUAGUAGAGAAUUAAAACUAAAAUGUUUGCAGUUAAAAAUAUAAAUAAAGUAUUAUAUAUUUCUACCUCAGUCAUCAAUUUAAAUAAACAAUAUAGGCGAAGUCUUCUAAUUUUAUGAAUUGGCAGAUAUAGGUUAUUUGCUGCUUUUUUGCGAAAAUUACUGUCACAAUGAAGAAAAAUAUAUAUCAACAUCCUCUCUCUCACAAGUUUUACAAAUGCAGCAGCUAAGAUGUGCACGUUAGUAUUUCUUACACAUUGUGUUAUAAAAUACAAAAUUGAAGUAACAUGGUAUAUAUUGUAGCCCGUUUCUUUGAUUAUUGCCAACGUACAUUGGCAUGUAACUCUUCGUAAUACAUUUGUUUGAAAUUCGUGUAUCGUACAAAGCCUUAAAUAUACUGAUGAGUAUUAUUAUUA